AUGGCGUACGACAAGUCCGAGUGGGAAUUGAGUGAAUUUGGUAAUCUUAUCGAAACAGAAAAUGAGAAAUACGGCGAAAUUAUUCAGAUUGCUGAGCGAAGGCGCACAGCAGAAAAAUAUGUCAAAAUCAGAAAAAUUCGUCAAGAAAUGACAUGGGGUGUGCGACUCACCAAGACGCUUAUAAUCUGCUAUUGUGGACCCUACGUCGCUUACAAGGAAUCUAUACUGGCAGAGUUGGUGCCACCUUUUCAAUUCUAUCUACGAGACAAGCAAUUCUACACUACAUAUAAAGGCACUCCCUUUCGUCUACCUGAUGGUUACACUUUUAAGUUUUAUGAGAAUGCGGUAGAGUGCUGGCAUCACAAUGCCAUUCUUUCCGACAAGAAACAAAUGAAGAUUCUUGCGAGAUACAACUUUGACAAAUUUGCCAGAGCGUUGGAGACAAUCGGCGAACCCACAGCAGCGACAAUACAGUUUGACUACAACACCUGCUUGUCCAGUAUCUCCCCAUUCAGCGAAAGUGAAGAUGAAGAAGGCGAGACAGAUGACGAAGAUGAUCGCUGUGAGGGAGAAGAACAAGAUCAUUCUAUCAAUAAGAUGUUUCCUUUCAGUUUCAGUGGUGAUGAAGAAACCGAAUUCGAUGACGAAGAUGAGCGCAAUAAGAGAGAAAAACAAGACCAUUCUCUCAAUAAGAUCUUUCCAUUCAGUUUCAGUGGUGAUGAAGAAACCGAAUCUGAUGAUGAAGAUGAGCGCAGUGAAGGAGAAGAACAAGAACAUUCUAUCAAUAAGAUCUUUCCAUUUAGUUUUAUUGGUGAUGAAGGAAGCGAAUCCGAUUCGAAAUCAGACUGCAGUGAAGAAAGUAAAUCUGUUGCCGAAUUCGAUGACGGGGAUGAGUCUGAUGAGGAAGAAGAACAUGACCAGUCUGAUGACGAUCUCCCGAUGAUGGUCACUCCAUUCAGCGAAAGUGAUAAUGAAGAAAGUGAAUCUUAUUAUGAAUCAGAUGACGAAGAUGAGCAUAGUGAUGGAGAAAAACAAGACAAUUCUGUCGCUGAGAUCUCUUCAUUCAUUGAAAGUGUUUAUGAAGGAAGCGAAUCUGAUUCGGAAUCAGACUGCAGUGAUGAAUAUAAAUCUGUUGCUGAAUACGAUCAUGAGGAUGAGCCUGAUGAGGAAGAAGAACAUGACCAGUCUGAUGAUGAUCUCCCGAUGCUCAUCUUCCAGUUCAGCGAAAGUGACGAUGAAGAAAGUGAAUCUUAUAAUGGAUCAGAUGACGAAGAUGAGCAGAUUGAGGAAGAAGAACUCGAUGAGAUCACCGAGGACCAAGAGGAAAUGUACUUUGCUAAAGAGGAAGAUAAUGAGAAGAAAUUUGAUUCAGAGGAUGUUCGUCACUUACAGUUGCUUCAUUGUAGAGAAGAAGUCAGUCAAAAAUGUGAUCCAGAAGAAUUUGAUUUAAGUAUUCUGUUCGGUGCGGAAGAGCGUGAUCACAAUUUGAAUUCAGUGAAAGUGAGUAGCUUAUGUUCGCUGGUGGAAAAGGUAGAGCCAGAUGAUGUAUGGGAUUCAGAAGAUGAAGGCAAUAAAAAUCAGUUCAAUGAAAUAGAGGUACAGGGACCUCCCAAUCAAAAACAACAACGACACUGCAGCGAGCACAUGAUCGAACAUCGACCUAGCAAGAACACGAAAAAGAGAAAGAACAUUGUCAUGGGAUGGGUAUGUUCAAAGAUUCUCAAAAUUUUUAUCAAAAGCAAAGUGCUUUUGUAG